GUAAUUGUAAUUGCAAAUGUUAGAAGCAGAAGUAAACAAUGACCGGACGAUACUGGAUUACCUGAAUGAGGACUGCUGGCGUGCCGUGCUGCAGUACGUGCCCGCGCAGGACCUCAUACGGACAGAGCGCGCCAGCCGCCGGUGGCAGGCGCUGGUGCUAACAUACUUACAAGGAAUCAAUAUUACCAUUGAUGAAAGGGGAAAAAAACGUCAUAACACCUGCAAGUUGGAACUUUCAGAAGACACAGUAAAGUCAUUUGAGAGUUGGACACAAAAACUGGGUCCAUCGGUUGUAAACACUUACUGCAACAGUCUUGAGAGUUUAGCUAUAAUCAAAGAGAAUUGCCCUAACAUAGAAGCCCUUCAGUUGCAGUUUGCAGAAUCUGUUGCACCUGAACAACUGCUCCCAAACAAUCUACGUGAAAACUUCAAGUUCCUGCAACAGGUGUCUUUCUAUGAGUGUUCUAUAUCAGACCCAUGUGUCAGCGAAUUUUUGGCACAUAGACCUUUACAAGAAUUGGAAUUCUAUUAUUGCUAUGCACUGACUGGUCUUUGUUUCAAAACCAUAAACUUGUCAAAUUUAAAGUCACUAGUAAUUUACUCUUGUCAUGUCAUGAAGCCAAAAUACAUAGUUCCAGUCAUUGACCGCCUCGGCGAGCUUAUGAAGCUUAGGCUGGUUUGUGUUCCUAAAGAAUUACUUGAAAAAAUGGAGUUGGUGUUAGAUAAGAUGCCCAAAUUGGAAUGGUUGGAGUUGUGUGACGGCUUACGGAUGAGAUGUAAUUCCUCAAAGCCCCUGAGUCGACUGACCCGAUUGAAGCACCUCAAGUUAUCGUGUCAACUGGGCAACCGUGACGUGGAAGCCGUAACGAGGUGUUGCCAGGAGUUAACGACUUUGGAUUUGACAGACUGUCAAGGGUUGACUUCGUGCAGUGUGGAGCUUAUAUGCCAGCACCUGGGCGCGCGCCUCACGUGGCUGUCCCUGGGCACGUUCUACGAGGCCGAGGAUGACGAUGUGGUGGCUCUUAUCCGCGGCUGCCCCCAGCUCACGUUGUUAUUUAUCGGCGGCGCGGGCUCCCUGACGCCGGCGCUGCCGGCGCGCGCGGCGGCGGCGCGCGGCGAGCUGCGCGUGCGCGGCGGCCGGCGGCUCACGCUCGACCUCGCCUACACCAACCUCGCCGACCCCGGCUACCUGGAUGAAGUCAAAGGUCAAUACGAAGAAAUGAAGACGGAGUAUGAAGACUUGACUGUAGUGCUUGAGUAUUCGGAUGACUACGGAGAAUGA